AUGGAAAACAAUACUUCAAAACAUCCUCACGUUGUCCUGUUUGCCUACCCUCUGCAAGGCCAUGUAAUCCCAGCCGUCCAUCUUGCCAUAAAGCUUGCAUCAAAGGGCAUCACAGUCACCUUUGUCAACACUGAAGCGGUUCACCACCAGACAGUCAAGUCCCACGCCAUGGAAGAUGAUAAUAUUUUCAAGGGGGUUCUUCAAUCUGGCCUAGACAUACGUUAUGUAACAAUCAACGACGGCUUCCCGGUCGAAUUCGAUCGAUCUCUCAACCACGACCAGUUUUGGGAGAGUGUUAUACAUGAUUUCCCAGGUCAUGUUGAUGAGCUUCUAGCAAAACUAGUCCUCUCCAACCCACCAGUCAAUUGCUUGAUAUCAGAUACUUUCUUUGAGUGGACAACAAACAUAGCCAAAAAGUAUAACCUAGUCACUGUCUCAUUCUGGACCGAACCAGCUCUGGUCUUCAACCUCUACUAUCACCUAGACCUCCUCAACAAAAAUGGUCAUGGUCAUUUUACUUCUCAUGCUAAUCCUCGCCAAGACACGAUCAAUUACAUACCGGGUGUACGCGCAAUUGAACCAAAGGACUUGUCAUCGUACCUUCAACCUAAUGAAUACACUUCACCAAUACACCGGAUCAUAGUCAAGGCCUUUGAGAAAAUUAAAAACGCAGAUUUCAUUCUUUGUAACACAGUCCAAGAGCUUGAAUCUGAGACCAUUUCAGCCUUGCAAGAAAGGCAACAAAUAUAUUCAAUUGGACCAAUAUUUCCCCCCGGGUUCACCAAGAGCCGUGUGGCCACAAGCCUGUGGUCCGAGUCAGAUUGCAUCCAAUGGCUCAGCACUAGGUCACGUGGCUCAGUUUUGUACGUGUCAUUUGGUAGCUAUGCUCAUGCUAGCAAAAGAGAGAUCGAGGAAAUAGCCAAUGGGCUUUUGCUCAGCAAAGUUGGUUUUAUUUGGGUACUUCGUCCUGAUAUAGUCAGCUCUGACGAACCCGAAAUCCUACCCUUUGGAUUUGAAGAUGAGAUCAAAGAUCAAGAGCAAGGGUUGAUUGUGCCAUGGUGCUCUCAGAUUGAGGUGAUCUCACACCCUGCAAUUGGAGGCUUCAUAACACAUUGUGGAUGGAAUUCAAUAUUGGAAAGCAUAUGGUGCAAUCUUCCCUUGUUGUGUUUUCCUUUGUUGACUGACCAAUUCACUAAUAGGAAAUUAGUGGUGGAUGAUUGGAGGGUUGGGCUUAAUCUUUGUGACCAAAAACCAAUCACAAAGGAGGAAGUGGCAGACAAGAUCAGCCGUUUGAUGAGCGGAAAAUCAGCUGAUGAAUUGAGGAGGAAUGUCAAGGAGGUCAGAAAAUCAUUGGAGGGUGCAUUGGCUAUUGGUGGGUCAUCGUACAGAAAUCUUGAUCAGUUCAUAGAUGGUGUGAAGGCUAAAGUCCAAGAGAAAACUGGGUUUGGCUUCAAGAACACUGAAGUUUCCUAG